CUAGUGCUGUAUGCCAUGUGUGUGACUGGUGAGUCGUGACGUGAGCGACAUGCCUCGCUUCUCCCGCUCUGGUCCCAUGAGAAGUGUGUCGAGCACACACAAACCCUAGCUUUAGAGUAGAUGACCUAAUCUAGAGGAGACUCAGGCGCAAUCUCGUAGGGCUACGAUGACGAUGUUCGCGCGUCACGAUGAGGGCAAUCAGCUGUUGAUGACAUGGCCGCAGCCCGUCCCUUCCUUCACCCCGUCCCUCAACCCCUUCGUCAACCACCCGUUUGUUUCCACAAAGGCGUCCUCCGGCGCGCAAUCGUCUAACGCGUCGCGAUGUUUGAAUUUAUCCGGGCCGCUAUCCAGCCCUCACGGUACCUACACCUUCGGGAAGGAAAUAGGUCGGGGCAGCUAUGGCGUCGUCGUCGAGUGCACGCACCGCCAGAUGGGGCAGCGUUUCGCGUGCAAGAUCGUGAGCAAGGCGCGGCUGAAAAGCGUGCUCGAGCGCCAAGUGCUCACGCAGGAGAUUGCGCUCAUGCGCGCGCUCGCGGGCCAUCCCGGUAUUGUGCGGUUGGAAGGGGUGUACGAGGACGCGUCGGACGUGUUUAUGGUGAUGGAGUAUUGCAACGGCGGGGAACUUUACCAGAAAAUUUUCCACGAGGGGAAGAUGCCGGAGCCGCUGGCGGCGCGGGUCUUCCGCCAGCUAUCCGACGCGGUGCGGUACUGCCACGCGCGCGGCGUCAUGCAUCGCGACUUAAAGCCCGAGAACGUGCUGCUCCACUACCCCAACCGCGCGGACGGCACGGCGGCCGGCGCGGGGCGGAACGUCCUUGCGGCGAGCGGAGCGGCGCGCAGCGAGGCGAUGGCUGCGAUUCAGGUUAAACUCGCCGACUUCGGAUUGGGGCUGGUGCUGCCGCCUGGUGUGUUCGCGACGGUGUGCGUCGGCAGCCUCAUGUACGAGGCGCCGGAAGUGGUGCUGGGCGAGCGCUAUAAUCACCAGGCGGACGUCUGGAGCCUCGGCGUGAUUCUCUACGUGCUUCUAUCGGGCGGGCUGCCGUUCAUGGACAAGGACGACCGUCGAUUGGCGCGCAAGAUCUGCGAGGGACGGUACGAGAUGCGCUUCAGCCCGUGGCCGUUUGUGUCCGACGACGCCAAGUCGCUCGUGCGACGUUUAUUAGUUGUCGACCCGAAUCGUCGCAGCAGCGUGGAGGACUUUAUCAAUCAUCCAUGGCUCGUCGCGCACUGCGGCCCCGCCGCGCCUAUCGUUCUCGACGGCUCCGAGGUUCCGCUCCCCCGCACGCCCUCCGCGCUCUGGCGCGCGGACGCGGGGUCCGUUUCCGCCGCCAUCCGCGCGGCCCUUCCCAACGCCAGCGCGGCUGCCGCAGCGGCUGCGGCGGCGGCGUCAAACGCGGCGUCGUCGGCGGCGGCGGCUGCGGCGGCGGCGGCGUCGCAGCUGAAGAGCGACGUGUGGGGGCCCAUGGGCCGGCUGCCGGCCGUCAAUCUCGGCCGGGGCGCGUGGGGAGUCGGUAGCGGCGCCGGCAGCAGCGCCGGCGGCAGCAGCGAGAGCGGGUCGUCCGCGCCGUCCGCCACCCCUUCCUCGAGCGUCACCGCGGCAGUUGCGGCGGCAGUGGCGCGCAGAAACGGAGCCGCGGACGAUUCGAACACCGAGGCAGCGGAAGCCGCCCCGCGGGAUACGUCCGCUGCUCCCGUUGCGCCCGCGGACGCCUCUCCGUCGGCGCGCAUCCUUAUGACGUCACUGUCGGAGCCAGUCACAGAGGGCCCCUCGUCUCCCUCGUCGUCGUACGCUUCGGCGCGCUCCAACUCGUGGGUGGAGCCGGCAGCCACCGCGGCGGACGGCGAGAUGGACGGCGGCCUCGACCUGCCGCCUGCCGGUCCGCGCCGCCGCAUGUGGCGGAUGUGGCGCAUGCGGUGGAUGAAGCGCGGGUGGCGCUUCGGCCUGCAGACGGGUGCGCGGGGGGCGGAGAAGCUGGAGGCGGGCGGGGAGGGCGCGGGCGCGCGGCUUCCGCGCACGCGCGCGAAUGUGUUUGGCGCGUGCUUUGGGUGCUUCUUUGCACCGCAGGCGGACUUCGAGACGAGCGCGGACCGGCUAUGGGCGGUUGAGGACGAAGCGGGGCGGCCCGUGACUGCAGCGAGGGACGCUGGUGGCGUGACGAAUGGACUUGAUAAUAACGGGGGAGGCGCGGUGGAAGGAGGGGAGAUGGCUGGGCAGCGGAGGGCAGGGGAGGGGGGCGAGAGGGGUGCAGUGAAGCGCGCGGCAAAGACCCCCAAGGCGUAUCAGCGGCUGGCGAUGAGCGAGGAGGGGGGAGAGGGGGCGGAGUGGGGCGGGGCGGAUGGGGAGGGCGGAGAGGAGGCGGGCGGAGUGCAAGUGCGGUGCAGGGGGGGGAGAAUAGGGGAGAAAGGCAAGUGGAUGGCGCUGAGGGCGACAGAGACAUGAGGGAGUGGGGGGAGUGUCGGAUGGUGUGGAUAGAUGGGCUGCAAAGGGGGCAUGAGGGGGAGGCAAGGCAUGCAUGUGGCGCAUGGGGCACAGAAGGGUGGGAGCACACGGAGCGAGAGCACGAGCAGCAUGCACGAGGGGACGGGUUAGUUCGCUAGGGUAGGUGAGGGCGCCAUGCCAUGGCAAGUGCUUGGAUGGUGCGUGGACGUGCAACACAAGGUUGCAUGCCAGCGCCAGGAUCGAUAGACUGGUAGGGGUGUUUAACUUCUGGGGGGGGCUAAUUGCGAUUAAAAGCCCUUAGGCUUGGUGAAUAACGAUUUAGCAGGCUUUUCUUUGGUAAUGUAUUUUUUUCUGGCAGUUAUUCCUCAUUGCU